GAUACUGCACGACUCGUCGAGCUCGGGACUUUGCGAUCGGUUCGGUUCCCCAUCCGUUUCGUGGUUUGGGCCCAACGGCCCCUAACCCAGCUACGCGCUAUUGGCAAAUGCGCUGCUUCGCUUGAACAUAUACGAAUCAAGUGCGCGUUUCCGGAUAACCGCCCCAGGGACACACAGAACUCUGAGCAGAACUCUGGCCCUCAGGCCCUCGCUUUUGCCCUUGGUCAGCCGAAGGUAGCUUGCCUUAUGGUACCACUUCAAAAUAUAUUCGACUGAUGGCAGCGGCAACAAUCACGGUUCGCCCCAUAGUGUGCACUAUGCCAAAUUCUGGGGAGAAACCACUGGAGGCUCGCGAGCCUCCCAAGCGAUAUACGAAGCAUGAGCUGAUAGGCCAGGGCGCGCAGAAGAAAGUGUACCGCGCAUUUGACGAGGAGCGCGGCAUCGAGGUGGCGUGGAACGAGGUGGCGGUGGCGGAGCUGGCGCGCUUCCGGGAGAAGGACCGGCAGCGCGUGUUUGCGGAAAUCCGGGUGCUCAAACAGCUCAAGCACAAAAACAUCAUGUCCCUGUACGACUAUUGGUUUGACGAGCCACGCUUUAUGCUGGUCUUCAUCACGGAGAUAUUCCCGGACGGCACGCUGCGUCAGUACCGGCGGCGGCACAAGCUGGCGGACGUCCCUGCCAUCAAGCGCUGGGCGUGGCAGAUCCUGCAAGGCCUGGUGUACCUGCACGGCCACAACCCGCCCAUCAUCCAUCGCGACCUCAAAUGCGACAACAUCUUUGUGGACGGCAGCAGCGGCGUGGUGAAGAUCGGUGAUCUGGGUCUGGUGACGCUGUGCAAGGACUUCUCGGCGCCGCAGUCGGUGCUGGGCACGCCCGAGUUCAUGGCGCCGGAGCUGUAUGAAGAGAAAUAUGACGAGAAGGUGGACGUGUACGCCUUCGGCAUGUGCCUGCUGGAGCUGGCGACCAUGGAGUACCCGUACUCGGAGUGCAAGAACGCGGCGCAGAUCUACAAGAAGGUCGUUUCGGGCACCCUGCCCGCCAGCGUGGAGAAGCUGGUCAGCGCCGAGCUGCGGGAUUUCGUAACCCUGUGCAUUAAGCACGACCCCGCCACGCGGCCGGAGGCGCGCCAGCUGCUGAAGCACCCUUUCUUCGAGUCGUGCCGCGCCGCUGCCGCCGCCGCCGCACCCGGAGGGGGAGGCAGCAGCGGCGGCGCGCCGCGGCUCAUGAUCAGCCCCAGCAUGAGCCUCAGCAACCCCGGGGCGGAGGCGGCCGCCGCGGCGGCGGCGGCGGCGAUGGCCGCAGCGGUCGCGGCGGCGGCGGCGGCGGGUGGGCUGGAGGGCGGCGGCCUCAGCCCCGCGAUGAGUGGGGGGCUGGGCACGCCAGGGGAGCUCAGCCGGGGGCACAGCCAGCGUGGGAGCCUGAGCGGCGCCGCCGCUGCCGUUGGCAGUGUCGGCGGCUCGUUCAGCAUCGCGGCGGCGGCUGGCGGUGGAGGAAGCGGCCUCGUGAGCGGCAAUAACACUGCCAGCGGUGGGAUAAGCGGAGCGGGCCUGAUCGCGGCGGCGGUGGGCGGUGGCGGUGGCGCCGGGCUGCCUGCCUAUUCUCGCACCAGCUCGGCGGGCUCAGGACUGAGCAUUGCGGCGGCGGCGGGCGGGGCCGGCGGCGGCUUUGGCGGCGGCGACGGUCCGGUGCCGAUGGGCGCAAUUGCGGCGGCCUUGACGCGGUCACAAUCCAGCGCUAGCUCCUUUGGCGGCGCCGCUACGGCGGCGGCCGUGGCGGCGGCUGGGUCACUGUCUCCCCCAAUCAGCGCGGCGGCGGGACACGGUCUGAUCGCCGCCGCAGCCUCCCCACCGGCACCGGCACCAGCACCUGCGCCCGCGCCCAUGCCCCAACUCACGGGCCGUCUGGCGCAGCUGUUUGCCGGCGUCACGCCGGAUAUGAUACCACCGCCCGCGCCCCGCAGCAGUGCCGGUGGCGGCGCCCCCGGCUCCAUUGCCGCGUCGUUGUCGCCGCCGACGGCGCUGUGCACGACCUCCAUCGCCUCCUCUGUAAAUACGGCUGCCUACGGCCCGGGCGCCUUCAGCCACCCUCCCAGCAUCGGCGGCUCCCCCGCGCCCUCCACCUUGGCAACCUCACUAGACCAGCUGCACCAUAGCCACGGCCAGGGCGCGCAACACCCACCGCUGACGCGGCAGCUGUCGACGCCGGUCGGCGGCAUCGCACAGUCGCUGGCGGCGGCCGCUGCUACAGCCGCCGCGGAGGCGGAGGCGGCAGCCCAGCUGCCCGCGGUGGCGGCGGCUGCCAGCCUGGAAACGGCGGCUGGUGCGACUGGUGAUGGCGGCUCCGGCGGCGGCGGCGGCAGUGUGCACGGCGCGCAGCAGUACAUGGCGUUUGCGCUGCCGUCCAUCAAUGAGGAUCAGGAGCUCCUGCAUGAGGACAUGAUGUUUGACGAGCAUGGCAACCGCCACCUCACUGUUGAGGAUGACACGGAAGACGAGGACGGCGAGGACGGCGGCGGCGGCAGUAGCACACCCGCGACAGGCGCGGCAGAGGCUGCAGAAGCGCCUGGCGGCGGCGGCGAAGGCGGCGGCGGCGGCGGGCGUAGCCAGCCGGUGCGCAUGCAGGUCCGGUCUUCGGGCAAGGCCGCGGUCCGCGACAUGGCCCUCAGUUUCGCCAUGUCCUUCACCAACGAUCGCGGCGUGCGGAAGAAGGUCGGCUUCCAAUACGAUCUGCAGCAUGACACGGCUUCCGCCAUCGCGGUGGAGAUGGUGGAGAACUUGUCGCUCAACACUGCAGAGGCGGAGGCCAUCGCCCAGAUGAUUGCACACGAGGUGUCGCGGUUCAACCGACAGGCACCGGCGGCAGCGCCCCCAGGCAGCGAGGUAGCGCAGCAGCAGCAGGGGCCGCAGCAGUGAGGAUGGGUUGGUGUGGCAGCAGGUUUGACUGAGAGAAGAACAGCUGGUUUGGCAGCACAUCGCAGGAGCGCAGUACUAGAGCAGACGCAGCGGUAGUGAACAGAAGGCAGUAGUAGCCGCGAGAACUGUUGCAUGCAGGGUGGCAACCCCUGGUUGCGUGGUGAGUCCUUAGGCAGGCAGCUUCUCAAGACAAAACGGCGGAAUCCAGUUGAUUCCAGGCGAUUGCGGGUGAGCAAUUGCUGACUCGCUUGGACUUUGGCCGAGUGUUUCCUUCAUUCGCAUGUACAUCAGGUUUCGUGCUCGCGCCCAGAGUAGCACCCUGCCGUGUAUUCGCGCGACCCCUGGGUGACCCCAUUGACACGGGGGGCAGCGUGACACAGGACGCGCCGGGCCAAUCAACAGGUUGACCAAUAGCAUGACAUUUGCAACAUGCAUGCACUUGGGUGUCAAAUACUGCAGGACUAAUAAAUGUGGCAUAGUUGCUUAUGUGCCUUCCACCUUUUAGGAGAUCAUGAGUGUCCUGAGUUUGAGCCGAGCUGUGUCUUCGUUUGAUACGGCUCAGCUAAAACGUAGCCACCAGCAGUGGAUGCGGAGAGCUGAAGAGGCUCGCAUUGUGUUACGUACUGGAAGCGCAUGCGUGUCAGAGCAUGCGUGGGUGUGGUCAUGGCCUAUCGCAUGCUCGCUGUAGAGAAUGGCCUGUCGACGAGGUGAACGGUAUGUAAGAAUUGUACAAC